GAUGAAUAGUUGGACAAAAAAAAAGGGGUUGAUUUUGGGUUUGACUUGAAAAUAUGGGUUGGUUUUGAAAAACACCCAAGAAUUAUCUUAUAGGCAUAAUACUAUUUAAUUAUGUUUUGCAAUUAAUGUGUGAUUGAAGAUUUUGAUAGUAGAAAAUUAGUGUUUAAUUUGUCAGAAAUGUUUUUUACAAUUAAUGUGUUUAUUAAUAGUUAAACUAUAAAAGUUUUACAAUUAAUCAUGAAUGUGAUAGAAUAGUAUUUAGAUUUAAAAUUUAAUCAUGAUAAAUAUUUGGAUGAACUUUAAUUAUUAAUAUCAUAUAAUAAUACUCUUGAUUAUUUUUUAAAAUUUAUAUAUGAUAAUAUAAAUUUCAGAUUUAACUCUUAAUCAUAAUAAAUAUUUUAUUGAAAUUUAAAUAAUAUUAAACAUUUUUUAGAUAUAAGAAAAUGGGAAAUAAAUAUAUAGAAUUUUAAAUAAUCUUAAGUGGUACUUUUAUUGAAAUAAUCAAACAAGUAUUAAAAGGGCGAUAUACUGAUCAGAAACGAUGUCCACGUCGGACAGUUUAAUCAACCAAUCACAUUAUAAUGUUUUGACACGUCACUGGGCUUUGCAUUUUAAAAAAAAAAAAACAACGUGAUAUGGUUUGGGCCAUGAAGCCCGCGGUAUUAUAAAAAUUUGACGUGAUAUUAGCUGGGCCAUAAAGCCCAUUAUUUCUAGAGACGGAGAACGAGAAGUGCCGACUCGAGAUCCCCUUCGUCAGUCCUUCAACCCUACUUCCCUCUAUCAAUUUGGUACCUUUUGAUCUUCCUCUUCUCCGUUCCGUUUCAUGAUUCAAUUCUCGAACCAACAAUACAUCCUCCACUUCGUCUCUCUUUACUCUCAUUUAUGGAUUCGCUUUGCUCUUCUCAUCAAGAUUUUAUUUAUAAAGCUCUCGAUCGAAGUUUUAUUUCGAUCAAACGUCGUUCUAUAUUCUCAUUAGUACAUCGCUAUUGCAAUGAGUUCCAAUAGAAAAUCUGUGUUCUCUGGUGAUUCCCGCUCGGAGAAACCAAAAGACGGUGAGGCUGGCGACUUUUCCGGUCCGAUCAAGCCUAUCGGCACACACGAUGUCUCUUCCGGCCUCUCGAUUGGCGAUCCCCGCUCGAAGAAAGCCAAAGGCGAUGCUUUGGUAUCCUCUCCAAGUCUGACCAAACCCAGCGGCAAUAGAGGUGUCUCUUCUGGCGUCUCGAUCGGCUCACCUAAUUCGAAGAAUCCUAGUGGUAAGAACCGAAUCAUUUCGUUUGAUUUUUGCUAAAAGUGCUUCUAGCUAUUAUAUUAGAAAAUUAUUUUUUUCUGAUGCCAUAUAGCCGACCAAAUCCUUUUGAUAACCCAAAAAAAUUAUUCAGUUUGAGUUUGUGUUUUAGGACAGUGAGAUCAAACAAGUAAAUUUUUUUCUAAUAGUUUUUCUACGGUACAUACAAAAACAUAUACAAUUGUGUUAAUGGUAAGAACCGAAUCGUUUCGUUUGAUUUUUGCUAAAAGUGCUUCUAGCUAUUAUAUUAGAAAAUGAUUUUUUUCUGAUACCAUAUAGCCGACCAAAUCUUUUUGAUAACCCAAAAAAAAAAUUAUUCAGUUUGAGUUUGUGUUUUAGGACAGUGAGAUCAAACAAGUAAAAAUUUUUCCAAUAGUUUUUCUACGGUACAUACAAAAACAUAUACAAUUGUGUUACAGAGAUGAAACUAAUUAUAUGAUGAUGGCAACGCUCAUAUUUCUCUGUAGGUCCGAUCAUUCAGACCACGAAGACCAGUGUCUCUUCAGGCGUAAGAAGCAAAGCUGCUGUCUCCUCUGGCGUCAGGGGAAAAGCUAUUGUCUCCGCCAACGUUGGGAGAGUGAUGUCUUUCAAAGAUGUGAAAUUUGGACCUCAUGAAAGCGAGUUGAGGUUUCGGUUGAUCCACUUUUGGGAAGCUCGCAAUGUUCGGACGAAGUUGCUUAUCGGUCUCGAAAUGCUUCUCAUCGACCAAGAGGAAACUAUUAUUCAGGGCUUCAUCCCAGCUGGGAGGAUGGACACUUAUUUGCCACACAUGAGAACUGGUGGCAUUUACAGGCUCCAUAAUUUUUUCGGGUCUAAUAACAAGACAUUGUAUCGGGUAUCCGAGCCAAGUGUCACCAUCACCUUCUCAUCGACCUCUGUCCUCUCUGAUCUAGAGGACAGUUCGGUUUGUUUCCCUGAGGACCGUUUCCGAUUCUAUGGAUAUGAGGAGUUCAAUGCUGCCUGCGACUUGAAAGGGGAUCUUUAUGAUUAUGUUGGCCACAUCAAACUUGUGAAUGGGCAGGUCCUCAAUGACAGUCUCGUGGUAGAUGAAGCCGAGAUAGCUUCAACCCGACGAGUUCUGCUUCAUGUUCAAACACAUGAUGGUCCGGUGAUGAAGAUGUACCUCUGGGACAAGGCUGCUUCAGACUUUGGUGAAAGAUUCAAGGCGUCUGGAGGAACUGCGAGUGUUAUCUUAGUCACCACCUUAAACCCGAAACGAUAUGGAGGUGCCCUAUGUCUCUCUUCUAUGGCGUCGUCAAGGAUAUUUAUGGACAGUGAUGUUCAAGCAACCCGAGAUUAUCUCAAUUGGUUGAACUCGAACUUGGAUGUUGCUAAGAGAGUUGAUGCAGACGUUGUCACUAAGACUGAGACAGUGACCAUAGGCGAGCUCUUUUCUUAUAUGAAGCAGGCAGAUGCUAAGGUUGCUUGGUUUGAGUGCAUAGCAACCAUUGGUGAUGUUGUACAUGGUUCGGGAUGGUAUUACAUAGGCUGUGGUGGGUGCCAUACAAAGGCAACCAAAGGGCCUACCACCCUUAUGUGUAAAAAGUGUGGGAAGAGUGAUAUUGUUGGUGUUGCACAGUACCUAGCCAAGAUAUCUGUGUACGACAAUAAUGACCAGGCGGUUUUUGUGCUCCUUGGUGACUCUGGUCAUGAGCUGUCUGGGAAGAAGGCUUCUGAGUUGGUUGAGAGUUAUUUCGAGGCCAACGAGGAUGAAGGAUCUGAUCACUUGGUUCCGGUCCCUCAAGCUCUGAUUGAUACCAUAGGCCAGACUCGCAAGUUCAUUGUGAAGGUAUCAACCCACAAUUUGACUGGCAAGACCCAAACUUUGACUGUGACAAAGGUGCUCACUCCAGAAGAUCCCGAUAUUGGAGUCAAUUUAGAAGAAUCCGAUGGUGAGAGGGUGAAAAGGGCUGCUGAAAACAUUGAGGGAGAAGAGCCCAAGAGAGCCAAAUGUGGCUAAGGUGUGAUUAGUGGUGGUUUUAUGGUUACUAAAACUCUAUGCUUCAUUUCUUUUCAUUUUCAGACCUUGGUUUUGCAACAUUGAACUUAUCUUUCUUAAAAUAACGAUGGUUACUCUUAUUUUAAUGUUUUUUCUUCAAGUUUGAUGUUUGGUUAUUUUACUUUUGUUAUAUCUGAUGCUUUUUCCAUCUUUGAUUGAGCCUUUAACUUUUAGUUUGCUUGCUUGAUUUUUUUCUUUCGAUACUCCCUUAAACAGAACAUGUUAUAACUGAGCCUGCACUUAAUUAUUUCUCUGAAAAAUGAGGAAACUAAGAUUGUUAGUAGGCACAGAGAAUGGCUAGAUACAUACACAUUAUUUUUAAGUAUUUUGUAGUAGCUAUGAAAGCAGCCGUUUUUAUAUAAAAGCUUUUUUUAAUAUGAAAGCUUUUUUUUUACGACUAAUAUGCAAGCAAUGUUAUAUUUGAAUAUAAAAGCUUUGUUAUAUUUUUGUCAACUGAUCUAGAGAAUAUAUAUUCAUAAAAAAAAAGCUGAGAAUAAUACUUAAUAAAAAAUUAAUUAUUAAUACAAAUACAUAGUCAAAUGAACUAUAAUGAAUAUGUGAUGUUUGAAUGUUUCCACAUCAUUGAUGUUUGGAUGUUUGAAGGAUUGGAUUAUAUAUAUAUUACCUAUGCAUUCACAUAUAUUAAUUUUAUUUUUUUAAAAAAUAUUGUGAUCUAAAACAUUACUGUUUUUGGCUUUACGCAAACGGGUUACGAGCAUUCAAAUCUUAUAUGUUUUUGGUUAAAUAAUAAUAGUUCAGGAAUAAUAAAGAUACACGAUCCAGUCAAACAUAACAAACGAUACUGCAUUAGUGCCUCAUAUAACUCAUACUCAGGAACCCCCAAUGGACUUUUCGGCUUUACGCACCAUUAGCAUAAUGAACAAACUCCUUAUCCAGUGACAUACCUGAGAUUAACUGGUCAACCGGUCUGAAAUCUAUUUAUUCAUCAGGCAACCAGUUCUCUGGUUACAUUCCUUCCAACCAUUUCUCAACAAUGGUUUCUCUGAAUAAAGCUUGGCACUCAAACUUCUCUUCAUUUUGAAUAAAUCUGUACCCUUAUUACAAACAAAAACAUUGAAAUUUAUCAUCGGGGAGUACACCAUCAACACACUCCUAUUACAAACAGAAAUAUUGAAACUUAUCAUCGAGGAGUACACCAUCGACCCACUUUUCCGCGCGUAGCGCGGAGAAAGGCUCUAAUAAUAUAUAAAAAUCUAGAAUAAUAGAUCUAUGUCCUACUUGAUUUAAUUACAGUAUGUAUUAAUAAUGUCAGAACUAUGAUCUUUUAUUAGGUUAUAUAUAUUUUCUAAUUAUUGGAAAUUUGUCAAGAUUUCAUUGUAUUGUUUUUCUUUUAUGUUGUCGCUCAUAUGGUCUUUUAUGUUCUUCUUUUAUUGAUUAGUAUCCUUAGGUAUUAUAGUCUCCAAUUUAUGAAUGUAUAUUGAAUAUUAUUUAUAUCUUUCUUUUAUGUUGUAGCUCAUAUAAUACCUUCAGGGGCGGACCCACCAUCAAAAGAGGUGGGGCAUGUGCCACACACUGUUUUCUUAUUUUUCCUUAAUAACUAAAUAAAAUUCAAUUUAUUUCUAGUCUAAACCAAAGACAAAAAUGACGUGCCCCACCCAAUUUCCAUGUAUCAGGCCUAUUAAAAUAAAUCUGUGUGUUAUAGCCCAACUUUAAAUACAAUUUUGUUUAUUAUUUAGCUUAAAUAACUAUCCUACUAUAUAAAAGGGGCUAAAUUAAAGUUCCCUAAACACUGCCACAUAGGCAAAAAAAUCUUCACCAAUCAUUCAGCCAUGUCAUUUCGGAUUGGGUUUGAAAUUAAAAAAAUUUAGUCACCUUUGCAGCCCAUUUGAUCCAUCUCGCAGCCCAUUUAAACCAUUCUCACCAGCCCACUAAAACAUCUGGAGUUCUCUGAUUCCUAUAAGUUUUUAUCUAUUUGAAGCGUGGAUUUAAUAACGUUAUCGAUUGAUUCAGAUCAAAGGCCCUAAAGCCCCAUUCUCAGGCCAAAAUAGUAAAAAUUAAUUUUUGGUAUUUUAUAUAAACGUGUAUUCCGUGUAGUUGAAUAAGAAAGCCUAACCAAUAGUAGUUGAUACAUGGUAUAGUUUUCCAUCAGUACCCACAGUCAAAAUAACAAAAUAUUUUUCUUUCUAAUAUCAGAGUCAUCAAAUGAGAACAAGAUGACACGAAAACGUGGACGGGCCGCUAGAGAUACGGAAUAAAGUGAAAAGUAUACACAAAAUUUAAUAGAGACAUGUCUCGCACUAAUUGAUCAAACAAUUACAAUUAUUCAUUUAUUUAAUCAACUUUUUUGCGGACAGCUCUAUCUGCGGGAAUUAUGCAGCAACAUUUCGCCCCUCAAUUCUUUGACUGUGAGUUAUCCAUCUAUUAUUCACAAGAAACUAAUACUAUAUAAAUAUAUAUAUAUAUAUAUAUAUAUAUAUAUAAUUAAUUGAUAAUUUCAUACAUAUAUUUUACUAAUAAUGCUUUUAUGGGAAAAAAUGUUCCCUCCGUAGGUGGCUGUGAAGUAUGUGCGUGUAUUUAUUGACUAGAUGAAUAUUAACACACAUUUAAAAUUUAAAUCCAUGCAGUGUCAAAAAAAAAUACACGUGGCAUGCGAAGGACAAUAUUGCUAUCUAAAAGUCAAUGUUUUUAAAUCCGACCCGGACACUGAACCGGACGAUUUACCGGGUUGCUGGGUUACUGGGUCGACCGCAGGUGAACUGCGGGUUAAUAAAUAAAUAAAUUUUAUUAUAUAAUAAUAUAUCAGCUAUGUACAAUAAAAAAAUAGAAACUAAAGUUUUAAUUUUCUAAUUUUUUUUAAAAAACAUAAAAUAAUAGUUUGGAUAUGUAUAUGUUUUAUGUUUAAAAACUUUUAGAAAAUACUUUACUUUUAUUUUUAUAUUUUUAUUUUCAUUUGACAUACAAAAUAUCAAAAAGUAGUUUAGACUAUCUAAAAUUUUCUCCAACAAAGUAAGAUUUACGACAUCUCAAAAAUCAAGACAUAAAAUUUAUAAAUAUUUAAAUGUCUAAUUGAAUAAUAAAUUAAACUUCAAAUACAAAAUAAACCAAAAAUAAAAAAUUAUUGUAAUAAAAUGUCGAUAACGGAAAUAAACUAACACCAAA